AUGACAGUAAAAUUCAAUUCGCGGACGAAUCAGAAACAGAAUCUGCUACAAAAUACCCUGAUUACUGCUGGCCUGAUCCUUUUCUUCCAGGAUGCCCAUAUGGUCCAGAAGAUGGGAACAGCUACAGAAAAGGGAACGACCACCGAGAAAACAACAACUCUCAACACCACCACCAUUAAACCUACACUAGAGUCAAGGACAACUCAUGAGCCAACCACUCUGAAGACAACCACCCAUAAGAUAACAGUAAAGCCAACCAAGAAGACUACAACCAAAAGAACGACGCAUGAACCAACAUCUAAGGGAACAACAACUUUAAGGACUACUGCGGAACCAACCACUCGUAAAACAUCUAAUACAGAGCAAACCACUACGGAGGAAACAACUGAAAAGACAACUCAUGAGCCAACCACUGAGAAAACAACGAGCCAUAAGACAACAGUGGAACCUACGACCAAGAAGACAACAACUAAAAGGACGACACAUGAACCCACAACUAAGGGAUCAACCACUUUAAGGACUACUGCAGAACCAAUCACUCGUAAAACAUCUACUACGAAGACUAGUACAGAGCCAACAAGUACGGAGAAAACAACUGAAAAGACAACUCAUGAGCCAACCACUGAGAAAACAACGACCCAUAAGACAACAGUUGAACCUACGACCAAGAAGACAACAACUAAAAGGACGACACAUGAACCCACAACUAAGGGACCAACCACUUUAAGGACUACUGCAGAACCAAUCACUCGUAAAACAUCUACUACAAAGACUAGUACAGAGCCAACAAGUACGGAGAAAACAACUGAAAAGACAACUCAUGAGCCAACCACUGAGAAAACAACAGUUGAACCAACGACCAAGAAGAUAGCCACUAAAAGGACGACACAUGAACCCACAACGAAGGGAUCAACAACUUUAAGGACUACUGCAGAACCAAUCACUAGUAAAACAUCUACUACAAAGACAAGUACAGAGCCAACAAGUACGGAGAAAACAACUGAAAAGACAACUUAUGAGCCAACCACUGAGAAAACAACGACCCAUAAGACAACAGUUGAACCAACGACCAAGAAGACAACAACUAAAAGGACGACACAUGAACCCACAACUAAGGGAUCAACCACUUUAAGGACUACUGCAGAGCCAACCACUCGUAAAACAUCUACUACAAAGACUAGUACAGAGCCAACAACUACAGAGGAAACAACUGAACAGACAACUCAUGAGCCAAACACUGAGAAAACAACGUCCCAUAAGACAACAGUUGAACCUACGACCAAGAAGACAACAACUAAAAGGACGACACAUGAACCCACAACUAAGGGACCAACCACUUUAAGGACUACUGCAGAACCAAUCACUCGUAAAACAUCUACUACAAAGACUAGUACAGAGCCAACAAGUACGGAGAAAACAACUGAAAAGACAACUCAUGAGCCAAUCACUGAGAAAACAAGAGUUGAACCAACGACCAAGAAGACAGCAACUAAAAGGACGACACAUGAACCCACAACGAAGGGAUCAACAACUUUAAGGACAACUGCAGAACCAAUCACUCGUAAAACAUCUACUAAAAAGACUAGUACAGAGCCAACUACGGAGGAAACAACUGAAAAGACAACUCAUGAGCCAACCACUGAGAAAACAACGACCCAUAAGACAACAGUUGAACCUACGACCAAGAAGACAACAACUAAAAGGACGACACAUGAACCCACAACUAAGGGAUCAACCACUUUAAGGACUACUGCAGAACCAAUCACUAGUAAAACAUCUACUACAAAGACAAGUACAGAGCCAACAAGUACGGAGAAAACAACUGAAAAGACAACUCAUGAGCCAACCACUGAGAAACAACGACCCAUAAGACAACAGUUGAACCAACGACCAAGAAGACAACAACUAAAAGGACGACACAUGAACCCACCACUAAGGGAUCAACCACUUUAA